UGCUAAUUCGUCAUUACAUUUUCCUCCGUGGAAACUGAGCUUUUAUUUGCAUUCGCUUCUUGCUUAACAGUUAUAAGUCUAGUAUUUGAGAGUAGUGAGUUCUAUUAAAAGCAGUUGACAAAAGUUAUUUAUAAGAAGCAAAUAAUUAUCCACUUGUUGCGAUGAUCGCAUCAAGGUACCUAGUGCUCCUCCUUGUGGCGAGCCUAGCGUGUACCUGUCCGGUCCAGGGCUUUUUCUGGCCAUUUUCGGACAGCAGCAGCGAGAUCGCCCAACACGUGACUGAGGAGGAAGGCAAGCACCUGGUGAAGAGCCCGGUGCCUUUUGAGAUGACAGCAGCAGAGGAGAGAUUUCUAGAAGAGUCUAGAAAGUACAUGAAAGACCUUUCCACACUGGAUUCCUGUCACCAGAUCACCAUCAAUCGUAUCAAGAAAUCGUGUGGGGACAUAAACGAGGAAGAGCUUGGCAAACUGGGUGUCCAACUGUUUAACUGUCAAUCACUUUCUGAAAAGCGCAAGACCUACCCUUGCACCGACGCAAUGACCCUGGCCGAGUGCACUGCCGACAUGGAUCUGACCACGUGGAACAGCUACCACAUCAUUAGUAACCGCGCCCGCUCCAUCUGCUACGCGACCAGACAGCAACAGUUUCGCUUGAAGACCGAAUUUACUGUCAAUCAACUUGCAUCACAGGCCGUGGAGCAGCUGAGACUAAUGGAAAACCUCAAGUCUGACCAGAGCAAGCUCGCUCACCUUGCGGCGCAUACCGUGCAGCGCGUCACCGCUGGCCAGGACCGAUUGAUCGGGCAACAGCGUAAGUUGUCAAGUGCUUACCAGUUCACCCAGAGGAGUAUUGCAAGCAGCGUACGGAGCAACAUCCAUGCCCUGGGACAAGAGAAGGCUUUGAUUGAAGAAGGAAGACAGCAACUGACCGACAUGACACAGAAACUCGCCGAGAAACUGGAACACGCCACAUCAGAGAUGUACAAGCACGAGGAGGGACGCAAACAGAGCCACGACCAGAUCUUACAGGACCUGGGCGAUGUUAGGAAUAAGGCCCAGGAUGUGUGGAGUAAGAUAGAUGACAGCACAGCGCAGAUGCUCUCCUACCAUCAGGAGUCCGCUGACCACUACACUGAGACACUGCAGAACCUGAAAAAGAUGAACACCACGAUCUCAUACUUACUUGAGGCGAUCGAUUCCAUGCAAACUCGACUAGAUGACAGGAUCACAUGGCUGGCCGAGCAAUUUGGGGGGACUGGGGACAAGCUUAGUACCCUUGUGACGUUUGUUUUGCAUGGCGGAUAUUUCUUGGUGGCGACGUUCAGCAUUGUGUUCCUAAAGGCGCCCAUGUUCACACGGCUGCUUCUUCUGAUUGUUGUCCCGAUCAACGCUUGGUGCGAAAUCAAGCUUCGCUCCAGUCUAUCUUUCGCCUCGCUUACGAUCCUUAUGGCUGCUGUGCUUAUCGGAAAUUGGCUUUGCCUAUAUUUCAUGGGGAGAUACAAAAACAAGUGCAUCGACAACCCCCACUCUGCUCCUCUCUAUCAGCUUACCCGUAACCAUGGCGACGUCACGGGGGACUCCGCUUCUUCAUUUACGACAAGUGUAUUCGACGACACGUUUUGCACCAACCCUUACUAUUCCCCUACCUCCGAGUCCAUGGCUCGUACCAGGCGCCAGCUCGACCUUUCUCUCCCGGACCAAGCCUCAACACCACGGCGAGGCCGCCCCAGUACUCCUCGCCGGCGCUGCAGUGGCACCACCAGAACAGGCACUGUCUGCAAGAAAGUCGCCGCUAACGACAGCGGUUACUGCCACACGCACUCCCGGAUGUAAAUCCCGGAUGUACUGUUGAGUAAAUAUUUUCAAGCUUUUUUUACUAUUUUGAUAUCGACUGUUUUAAUGAUGUACAUAGCUAAGCAUACUUGUAUAAAAACUACUAGAGAAAGGUUCUUGAUUAUUCGCUACGAUUUUAGAUUAUUUUUUUUAUGUACAUAGCAUAUCCGGCCGAAGGUAUGUUUUUAUUGGAUCAUGCUCAUUAGGUUAAACAGACUGUAGUUUCAUGAAUAUAGCCUAGCCUUUGGAGCACAAGGCGUCACCAGCUAGGCUACUCACAUCUCAACCUUCCUGGCGCAAGGGUAUAUUCCCUGAUAAAUUGACCAGUACAAUGAUGUAUAGCCUAGCGCAAUAGUGUAUAGCCCAGCGAAAGAGUGUAUCGCCUAGUGCAAGGGUGUAUCGCCUGAUAGCUCAGUCAGUGCAAGGGUGUAUCGCCUCAUAGCUCAGUCGGUGCAAGGGUGUAUCGCCUAGCGCAAGGGUGUAUCGCCUGAUAGCUCAGUCAGUGCAAUGGUGUAUCGCCUAGUGCAAGGGUGUAUCGCCUGAUAGCUCAGUCAGUGCAAGGGUGUAUCACCUAGCGCAAGGGUGUAUCGCCUGAUAGCUCAGUCAGUGCAAGGGUGUAUAGCCCAGCGCAAGGGUGUAUCGCCUGAUAGCUCAGUCAGUGCAAUGGUGUAAAUCCCACCGCAAAGGUCUAAUAAAACAUCUAAUAUCACAGUUGACUUCUCGACAAAACCAUGUCUCUUAACUAGUAUUUUCAAUUAAACACAUUUUAUAUGAUUUUAUGAUUGUAUAUUAAAGAUAACCAUAUUCGUUUU